CUAUUCCUCCCAAUGACGCCAAUGAUGGGGCACUAUUUCCUCCCAAUGACGCCAAUGAUGGGGCACCAUUCCUCCCACUGAUACCAAUGAUGGGGCACUAUUCCUCCCACUGAUACCAAUGAUGGGGCAAUAUUCCUCCCAAAGAUGGCAACGAUGGGGCACAAUUUCUCCCAACGACACCAAUCAAUGGGGCACUAUUCCUCCAUAUGAUGCCAAUGAUGGGGCACUAUUCCUCCCAAUGAUGCCAACGAUGAGGCACAAUUUCUCCCAAUGACACCAAUGAUGGGGCAUAAUUUCCCCCCCACUGACACCAAUGAUGGGGCAUAAUUCCCCCCACUUACACCAAUGAUGGAGCACUGCUCCUGCAUAUGACACCAAUGAUGGGGCA